AUGCAGCAGCUUUUUGGUCCGUUCCUUGUAUUGGGUUCUCCGCAGAAAUCUUGUACGCGCGAGCCAGAGCUUCGUCCUCCUGAGCACACCACUUCCGACCUCCCCAUGGCGCCUGCGAUUUUUCGCUUUGUGCCAUGUCUGGCAGAGAUCAACUGCUUCGCUUUCACCCUGCAGCCUGCAGUGCAGGUGCGCGAUGUGCUGCAUCAACCGAAAAUGGACUAG